GUGAAAGGACAAAUCUCGUUUCCACACUUCUGUGCUUAGCUAGGCAUCCCUCUCUCUCUCUCUCUCUCUCUCUCUCUCUCUCUCUCUCUCUCUCUCUCUUUUAUACCUCAACAGCCCCAUCUCCUUUCUUCCUCACCUCCACUUCUUCCCAGCUGCAUUUCUAGAGAGAGAGAGAGAGAGAGAGAGAGAUGAAGCAUUUGGGGGUGUGUCUUUUGGUGGCCCUCCUGCUGAUCCACAACCAAGUUGAAGGCGCAGGGAACGGUUUCAUAAGAACCAGAGGAGUGAAUUUUGUGCUGAAUGGAAGUCCUUUCUAUGCAAAUGGCUUCAAUGCCUACUGGUUGAUGUAUGUGGCCUCUGACCCAUCUCAGAGAAGCAAAGUUUCUUCUGCUUUUCGGGAAGCCACGAGCCAUGGACUUACUGUGGCAAGAACUUGGGCUUUCAGUGAUGGUGGAUACAGACCCCUGCAGUACUCCCCUGGCUCCUACAAUGAGCAAAUGUUUAAGGGGUUGGACUUUGUCAUAGCUGAGGCUAGAAGGUAUGGGAUUAAGCUUAUAUUAAGCUUGGCGAACAACUAUGAGAGCUUUGGUGGGAAGAAACAGUAUGUGAACUGGGCUAGAAAUCAGGGGCAGUACCUUACCUCUGAUGAUGAUUUCUUCAGAAACCCUGUUGUUAAAGGUUACUACAAGAACCAUGUUCAGACUGUUCUUAAUAGAUACAACACCAUAACUGGAAUCCAUUACAAGGAUGACCCAACAAUUAUGGCCUGGGAGCUUAUGAAUGAGCCAAGAUGCACUUCAGAGCCAUCGGGGAGGACAAUCCAGGCAUGGAUAAUGGAGAUGGCUUCCCAUGUGAAGUCCAUUGACAAAAAGCACUUGCUAGAAGCUGGAUUAGAAGGAUUUUAUGGAGGCACAACACCUCAAAGGGAAAGUUUCAAUCCUGCUUUCAACAUAGGAACUGACUUCAUUGCAAAUAAUCGGAUACCCGGCAUUGACUUUGCUACACUUCAUUCAUAUCCUGAUCAAUGGUUAUCUAGUCAAAAUGACCAGUCCCAGCUCUCUUUUCUGAACAAUUGGCUCAAAACCCACAUUGAAGAUGCACAAAACAUUCUUCGAAAACCACUGCUUCUCACAGAAUUCGGAAAAUCAUUGAAAGAUCCUGGGUUUAGCACCUACCAGAGAGACAUGCUGUUCAACACAGUUUACUAUAAUAUUUACUUUUCGGCUAGGAGAGGAGGUGCUGCUGCUGGAGGCCUGUUUUGGCAACUUCUUACUGAGGGUAUGGACUCGUUUCGGGAUGGGUAUGAAAUCAUUUUAAGUGAGAACCCCUCCACAGCAAACAUGAUUGCUCAAGAGUCUCACAAGCUUUACGAAAUUCGGAAAAUGUAUGCCAGACUGAGAAACAUAGCAAAAUGGAAGAGAGCGAGGGCCAUUAGAAGAGGUCAAUGGUUGGCUAGAAAGAGGGGCAGGAACAACGGAAACUAGGAGGUGAUUUUGUUACGGAAGAUUGAAGUGUUUGUAAACAACGGCAAUGAUAAUGUGGGGGCAAGAUUUGUGUUGGGCGUAGGCCUACUUGGAGGUGAAGUUUUCAGGAUAUGGUUUCUUUCUUAGAGAUGAGUACUAUUCAUCCAGGAGGGUAAACUAGGUUAGCAAUAGUUUAUGCAAUUCUUAUAGAUGCAUACUUUAUGUUGUGUGGUCCAAGUUGUUUACAGGGCUUUGUGCUAGGCAGGGCUAUUAAGAAGUCAAAAGCCCACCAAUGCCUUCCAUAAUAUUAGUUUUAAUUAUCACAAAGAGACUUAUGCCAAGCUUAAAUUUUACUGGCUUCUUAAUUUUCAGAUUGUAAACCUGAUAAGUGAACGCAACUGAAUGAAUGUGUUGUAAAUUCCAGUCA